UAUACCAAGUAGAUAUCGGAUAUUCCAUGGUUCAUGAAUCUAUUACACUGUUGGGUUAUUUUAAUCGUUGACUUAAAUCUCACCUGAUUGCGACCGUACGGGGGAUACUAAAAAUACAUGUCGGUAUCACUGGAGGGCUUAUUUUAUUGCAUUUUAAGAGGCGUAACUGCACUGUUUGCUCGUUGGUUUAACAAUUGGAUGGCAAUGUCAUUUACACAUUGAUUUCAUUUGCAAAAAUUGCACGACACAGCGGUAAUUCGUUGACAAGUGGAGUUUAAAAUAUUGUGGAGUUGAAAUCAUGACAUCGCCGAAGGAUGAAAAGUGUACGUAUGCACUUUUCUUGCCUGUUCAUAAUGUAUUCAUUGACAGACAGAACUGCAUUGAUCCGGGAGCUUUUUGAAGCAUUUGACAACGAUAACAGUGGCUCGAUAUCUAUAAGGGAGCUGAAGAAGGGCCUGAGAUGCAUCGGCUCGAACCCCUCCAGGCAGGAAAUCAGGGAGAUAAUGAACGAGAUGGGCGUGAAAAAAGGUCAAUCAAUAAACUACCAGCAGUUCAGCAAUUGCAUGGCAAAAUACUGCACCGAUCAUCCGCAGACUGACAAGAAAACUGUCGAGAACGAUCUUCGGAAGUCCUUUGAUAUGUUCGAUAAAGACAAGAGUGGUUUCGUGGAAAAAGAGGAAUUAAGGAAAGUUCUCACGGGAUUAGGCGAGAAGCUGACUCCACAGGAAGUUGAUGAAAUGUUCAAGGUCGCUGAUAAAAAUGGAGACGGAAGAAUAAAUAAAGAGGAAUUCGUGCGAUUAUUCACGCAAGACAUUGUGCAACGGUAGCGGGGAGUCUACAUCCGGCUCAGGGAACACUGUUAUCUUCUCUUGGAAACGGAUCUUCUAUUGAGCAUGCGCAUUUAAAAAUAUAAACUUCCGCUAGAACCUGUACGACAUUUUAUGUAUAUUUUACACAUAUUUCACGCAUGUGUAAUCAUGGACAUAAUAUCCCAAUAUACGAAUCCAGCAUAUUAGUAAACCUAGACAGAUUAUACAGUUUUCACAUUGAAGUGAUAUGCCUUAAUGAUCUGGGCAUAUGUUUACUACAGGAUAAAUACCACUGUAUCAUAGCAUUACCCUGUUGCUUCGCAUUCAUAUUUUUCGCAUUUGCCACAAAUUAUUGACAAUGAAGCAUAUUUGCACGUAAUCUUAAAUGUAUACACUAUUGGAAAGAACAAUACGUUUUGUCCUGCCUCUGUUGCAAACAUUGACCUAAUAAAGCAGGGUCGAAUAAAUUGUCCUAUCUCUGGUCAACAGGAAGUAGUGUAUUCCUACGCACGCUGUGAUACAUAGCUGAGUGUAACCUUUCCAAUACACAAGGGUGUAGUAUUUUACCAAUAUCGCCUGCUAUCGAAAUUGUAGACCAAGAGAAAAAUAUCACAUUCUCGAUUCGUUUUUAUUUCAUCUCAUAUUUUCAAUACAAAAGUAUUAAAAGGAACAGUUUAAAGUGGAUCUAUUUUUUACGUGACACAAUCGGUAGUUAUUCGGUCGUCUGGACUGUUGUGUACAUGUAGGAGGCUCGACAAGAAUAAUACUAUUGUUAUGUCAAUUUAUCAUUUGUCUUUGAUAAAAUGUGUCAACGGCAUGAAGCAGGAUAAAUCGAAUACAUGGUUGGUGCCGAGAUGGAGAAAGUUUAUCCGGUUCGGCGCGAAAAAGAAAAAUAGGGCUCGCUAAAGCUCGCCCUAUUUUUUUCUAAGCCUCACCGGAUAAACUUUCGCCAUCUCGGCACCAACCAUGUAUUCUCUAUAUAUCACUCAAACACCUUAAGUAUGUUUUACAUUUAUUUAAGUUAAGUAUAUAACAUUUAUUUCAUGCGUCAACAUAUUCAAUCAGUUGUGUAUCAAACCGAUUACAAUUUGUACGGGUGCAUUUUAAAUAAUGUGAAGCCAAGAUAUUGAUAUUCCAACGCACAAUAAUCAAAAUGUUAUUUGCAUAUUAAUGUAUAUAUGUAUAAAAUAUGUAUAUAUUAUCUUGCAUGCAAUUGUUUUGUAAUGAUGUAAGUUGUAUAAUGAGAUGUGACAUAAACUUGAAAUAUUGUAGCAUAAAACUAGAUAUAAAUCCUUCAUUCAAAAUAAAUCUUUAACUUAU